AUGUUGCGUCACGCUAAGCCUGAUGGUGUGGUGGUGGGCAUGGAGGCCGCAGCCCUGAGGGGGGCACCGUGGGGGGCGCUCGUGGCGGCGGCGGGGGGCGGGAAGGUCAACCUGACGCUGUCCAGUCCUGACGAUUACGAGCCUCACGACGACCUCCUCCUGCCGCUGCACGACAGCGGGGUGAGGCUGGCUUACUUUAAAGGCUGCGUGGGCACCUCCGCUGGGGCGGCGGCCCUCGCCUCCGUGGCCGACGGUGCGCGGCCGACGGUGGAUGAUGAGGACGGCGCUGUCCUCACCAUCCACAUGGCGGCGCCCCUGGACCUCAGCGCCCUCAGGGGGACAUACACGCGCCUCUAUGUGUUCACGCGCCCCCUCUCGCCUCCUGGCCCCUCCUCCGCCAUGUGGCCGCUGCCCCCCUCCCCCCCGCCAGUGCUGGUCGUGCAGGGGGCGGAUGAGGGGUCCUGGGGGGCCGUGGCCCGCACCAUUACCUCCCUCGCCCCCCCUGGCAAGAGGUUCGAGAGUCUGGAGCUGCCGGGCUGCCGGCUGAGGGCCCCGGAGCUGCGGGAGCUGCUGAUGGUGCUGCACGACGCCGACGUGAGGACGCGCGACUGGGGCGACGGGGGCGACACGCGCGCCGAGGUUGACGGGUGGAGUGGGGAUUUUCUCCUCUACAUCACGCACCGGUGGCCCCCGGAGGGACCAGCGGUACCCAGUGACGCCGAACUGCAGGAGGCAUAUCAAGGAUACCUGCGCCAACGAGGACAAUAAUGGCAAAGCGAAGGUGCACUCUGUUCGCUUGUUCCUUGCACGUCUUGCUGGCGUCAAACGUGGAUGAUGGUGGCGAUAUGGUGAAUGAUGGCGAUGGUGACGAUAUG